AUGGCACAAAGAGUUCAUUAUCGUAAGCACAAUCAUUACAAUACAAAAUCAAACAAAGUAAGACCUGUAAGAACACCAGGAGGAAAAUUAACUAUUCAUGUUGUUAAGAAAAAAGCUGGAAAGCCUAAAUGUGCUGACUGUAAAACACCUAUACAAGGGGUAAAAGCCUUAAGACCAGCAGAUAACUAUAGAGCAAGGAGAAAGGACAGAACUGUAACAAGAGCUUAUGGAGGAUCCAUAUGUGCUCGUUGCAUAAGAGAAAGAAUUAUGAGAGCCUUUUUAUUUGAAGAACAAAAAUGUGUAAGACAAGUAUUGAAAGAAAAAAAGAAACAAGAAAAGAAAGUUAAAAAGGUUAAGAAAGAAAAAAAAAAGGUUAAUGCUAAAGAAGUAAAGAAAACAGGUACUAACAAUAAAAAGGCCAAGAAGGUUGCUGAUAAGAAAAAGGGAAAAUAA